AUGAAUCGUGCGGCUGUCAUUAUUGUUACUUUCAUUUUUUGUCAAUUUAAUCGGAAAUUAUUUGCAAUUAGUUGGUUCAAAAAUGAAGAGGAUUAUUUGCAAAAAUGUAGCUUUGAAACUUAUUUACAACAACAACAAGGCUAUUACCGCAAAUUUAAAGACUUGCUACCAUGGUUCAAGUCCGAUAUAUUGAUGACAACAAUGAUUCGCCAAUACCUGCUCGACUGCUUUCCAGCUGAUGAAAGAGCUAAUGAUCCUACCGCAACAAUUGAUUUCUCUGAACUUAGUUUCCCAGAUUACUACGAAACAUCAAUGCCACUCGGAUUAUUUCGAAUUAAUCAAGCAAUUCAGAACUUUUCCAUUCCUAUAAAAGAUAAAAUUACCAUAAUGCCAGAUUACAUCAACCAAUAUAAGGAAGUUUUAGCAAAUGAGCAACAACGUGCAGGCUAUAUCAUUCAUAAGCGAUUAUACUUUAGAAAUCUUGUCCAUCUAGGUAAUGAGUAA